ACCUUGUAAGUACCAGUUAAUUUGCCAGUUGACAUACAGUGUCUAAGUGAUAUGGUACUUAGAAAUACUUCUCAACUGAAUUCUUUGGAAGGACUUCACUUGUUAAGUAUUCUCAUGUGUACACCUACUUACUAAAUAGUACCAUUGCCAAUAUCUUACAUUUGUUUAUUAAUGUUUGUAAUGAAAGCAUAAAAACUCUUAUUCUGAGAAUUUCAUGUAAUGUCGUAUGUGCCACACCAAAUGGUUGUGUUACAAAGUGCCCUCAAUGUUAUGAAACUGAAAAUCUUCCUUACUAAGAAGUGCUUAUGUUUGAGGUUUAUAUAUUUUGUGUUCAAGGAAUUAAUUUUCUCUUGUCUUAUAAUCUAAAAACUUUAUUGUCAUUUGCAUUAGAAUUUCGAAGUCUAUUUGAAAAUAUUGCAUCUGUUGGGUAUUGUUAGAAUUGGACCAAUAUAACGGUACCAAAUGUAUAGAAAGAAAUCCAUAUCGUCAAAUUACGAAAUGUGUACAUAGAGAGAAACAUGGUUACUGCAUACAUACAUACAUGCAUAUUAUAGACUUUGGGUGUUUUGUUCUUGUAAUCGGACUGAAUCCAUCAAUUUUAAACUGUAGCAUGAGAUAUGAAGCACAAAUGCUACUCAUCUUACGGUUUUACUGCUUUCAUUGUCGAUUGGAUUUGUGGGGAAUAGUGUUCAUCCAUUUGCAUGAAGCAUUUCUUUAUCUUUUAUUUUCAAUGUAAAUGCAAUUAUUCUUUAGUAGUCCUUUUUUGAUUUGGAUCAUCUGGAGUUGAAAACUUGUCAUUCACUUUUUAAAGUGGAAGUAAUAUGAGCUGGAUAUCGUAUGUUUGGAGUAUUAAACUGGUGAUAUUUUAAUACAAAUUAAAAUUUUAAAAAAUAUUGCUCAUGAAAAUUGUUUUAACACACCCUAUUUCCAUUUCCAUAUACACCAUAUAUUUGACCGUGCCGCUCUUUGACCUCUGUGACCCCUCAGCAAGCAUGCCAACAUCACUCACUGAAAGUUAAAAGAACUUAACUUCUGAUAAUUACUACAUCUUCCCUGAAAAAUUGCAGAACUGUUUAAGAGAAAAGUGAAUGAAGUUUCAGUAUCAGGGAGAUAAGAACAAGCCAAAUAUUGUCCUGGAAGACUUUUAAAUUUUGAAAAGAACUUCGCGAGGCGCUCAUAUGAAGCUGAGGACACGAGGCCUACCGCCGCCGCGCCGGGCGGCGGCUCAGCAAGCUCAGCAAGCUGCUGACUCAGACGUGGAGGAGCAGGAGACACCUUUGGCGCUGCGUCGGCAGUCCAGGAGAUCUGUGGCCCCCAGGCUUGUUGCCGAGACUCCCGCCCCCGCCCGCGCACGCGCCGCCCCCAAGGCGCCAAAGGGGGGCGUGCAGAAGCGAAAGGUGACCCGCCCCCGCGCGCGCCCCGCGGCCGCCAGGACCAGGCGAGCGCGGCCGGCCACCCCCGACGACGAGCCAGCGCCGAUCCUGAAGGAGGUAAAGGAGGACUUCGAGGAGGAGGGGGCUGAUGCUGACGAGGUAGAUAAAGACAGCAAGCUUGGCGGCGACGAGGAUGAGAAGGCGGAUAAAGAGAAGCGCAUCGCCACCAUUGACGACCUCCCCGAGGAAGUGAUGCUGGGCAUCUUCUCGUACUUCCGGCCGCCGCAGCUGUGCUGGAAGAUUGGGCGCGUGUGCCAGCGGUGGGCGUCCUGGAGCGUGGCGCCGCUCCUAUGGAGGAGCAAGGAGUACAUCCUCAGCCCGCACCCCAACCUCAGCUCUCGGCGAAACAAGUAGAAUUUUGCCCACCCUACCACCCUACCCAAUAAGCACGCCCUAUACCCAUUUACGUGUACUGGUUGAUAACUGUGUACCGCGUUGGGAGGGGAGUGUGUGUUCAUACUGUACCUGUGCUCUUAAUUCUGAAACGUAGUCUUACGUUGUUUACUGCACAGUGUGAAUUUUGUUUGAGUUUUCCCACCCCUCAACUAAUUGUCAUGACUUUGUAAUUAUUGCAUUAUGAAUGAGAUCUCGUGUUUGUGAUACUAUUUAAUGUGUGUGUUUUAUCACUUAUUUAUUUUUCUAGUUUUAAGGUGUUUUACCAGUUGUGACUAUGCGCAAUGUUUGUAAAAUUGACUUUUUCAGAGGUUGUGAAUGAUUUUUGCUCAUCGAUGAAAUUGUGUCGCGUCUCAUUGGCGGCGAAUGUCUCUGACGACAAUAAAUUAUGUGUGGUCAUAUUUUAA